AUGGUUUAGAAAAUUAAUGCUGAUGGAACUUUAAAUGGAAGUAGUAUUAAUAUAAAUUAAUAAGGAUAACCUAUGGAUAUUACAUCUCUACCUAAUGGAGGAUUCGCUAUUUUGGCUAAAAAUGGAGAUAAGUGCUGGAUAGCCUCUUAUGAUAAUAGUGGAACAUAAGCAUGGAAUAUAAUUCUUCAUGAUAAUGGAAGCAAUCCAACAGUUGUAAGAUAAUAGAUUAGUUUUUUGAAUGCAUAAGGAUAAUAAGCUUGGGGAAUGGAGGUUAUGUAUAGGCCUUAUAAUGAGCUUUAUUAUGAUGGUAGAUUUGUUUAUUUUGGAUCUUUAGGUGACGCUUAUCCUUAGAAUGUUAAAAUAAAGUUAUGUGAAAUUUAUGCUGCAAGAUGUUAUGAAUUUUUUGAUAAAACAGACUUAGUUAAUGAUAAUUAAAUGCCUUCUAAUGGAGGUGGAUCAGUAGGAGGAAGAUUUGGAGGAAUAACUAAAAAAAUCCGAGUUAAUUAAAAAUGGAUACUUUACUAAAGGAAAGAAUAAAAUACGCAUUCUGAUUUCUUACCUAAAUUAACUAACCAUGUAAAUGAAUUAUCCUUAUAAUUAAUUGAACCUUAAUUUGUUGAUAAAAAUUUUAGCUUGAAUAAAAUAAAUAAAGUUUAAUUAUUAACAGGAGAUUUAGGAAAAAGAGCAAAUGUUAUUAAAAGUGUUAAUUAUGGAAAAAAUAUCCUUAUUUUAUUUAAUUUAGUAGAUUAAGCUGGUGAUAUAAAUACUUUUAAUAAUGAUUAAACUUAAGACAAUGAUGAAUGCUAUAUAAUGUUAGUUAAUUCAAAUGAUGGUUCUAAAAUACUUCAAGAAACUAAAAUACCUGAUAGUAUUUCAGCUAAUGAUUUAAUGAGAGUCCUUUAAGAUGGAAGAGUUGUUUAUACUUAAGUUAAUAAAGAUAAUUCUGUUGAUUAUUUCUAUACUCCUAUUCCUCCACCAAAUAUUUAUCCUGAUGUUAUAGUAUAAAACGAUCCUAUUUAUGGAUAUGGUACUACCUUAUUAAAAGGAUAAGCAUAACCUGUGGUACAAACUGUCGAUAAUGAUAUGACUUAAAAACCUUCGAGCAGUUUAAUAUAAAUUGUGCAUGUGGGAUUAUUCUUUUUGAUUGGUUUGCUUUCUUUUGGAUUUUGAAUUUCGAAUUUUUAUAAAAGCAUAAUUAUUUUUUAAAUUUUAUCAAACAUACU